AUGAACUGGCGGCUGCGGCACUGGAGGGAAGCGGCGACGCUGCUGCUGGCGGCGGGCACGCCGGCGCGGCUGCCGCGCUCCCCGCUCGGCCCCUUCGACUAUGAGGUGCUGCUGCUGCAGCGGAGCUCCCGCAGCGGCUUCAUGCCCAGCGCACACGUCUUCCCGGGCGGCCUGGUGGAGCCGGCGGAUUUCUCCGCUGACUGGCUGGGGCUGCUGCCCGCCUCGCCUCAGUGCGGGCUGGGCCUGGUCAGGCCGGCGCCUGUCGGCAGCAGCCGGCCCCCGCUGUUCGCCACCGAGCAGGGGCGGCUGGGCUCGCCGCUGCCGAGGGAAGUCGCCUUCCGCAUCUGCGCUAUCAGGGAAACCUUCGAGGAGGCGGGAAUCCUGCUGCUGGUGCCGGGCCGCGGGCCGGCGACGGACAGCAGCCCUGCAUCCCCGCUGCCCGCGGAGCGCCUGCCCCCUACCGAGCUCAGCGAGUGGCGGCGGCGGGUGCACGAGGACGCGGGCUGCUUCCUGCAGCUGUGCCGGCACCUGGGCUGCGUCCCCAACAUUUGGGCGCUGCACGAGUGGAGCAACUGGCUGACUCCCGUGGACAGGGCUGGGGCCGGCGGCCGGCGCUACGACACGGCUUUCUACGUGUGCUGCCUGGGGGAGCGGCCGCCCCACGCCUCGCAGGACGGGCAGGAGGUGACAGCCAUCCUGUGGUCAUCACCUCCAGAAGCCAUUGAACGUUUUAAAUCUCAAGAAAUAUGGUUUCCUCCCCCUCAGUUCUAUGAAUUUUGUAGGCUGUGCAACUUCUCUUCGCUCUGUGAGUUACACAAGUUCAGCUCCGAUCGAGCUCUGGAGGGGUGUGAGCGCUGGAUGCCCGUGAUGUUAACUGCUUCCGAUGGCUACAUCCAGCUAUUGCCAGGAGAUGAGUUAUAUCCAGAAGAUCCAGAUUAUACCGGAGAGAAGAAAAUAAUCAUGUCAACAGAUAAGAAGAUUGAAGAUCUCAUGAAAGAGGGUAGUGUAUUUCACAGGAUAGUAAUAAAAAACAUCAACAAUCUUGCUGUCUAUGUUAAUAUUCAAGCAAAAUAUAAGCAUAUUAAUCCAUUGACGAUAAACUCUGAUUGUUCAGAUUACAAUAGCAAAUUAUAAUAUCCACUUGAUUUAAAGCUAGAAUGUUCUUAAUUACAUUCACUGUGGUUUGGGUCCUUUCUAACCAUUGCCAAAUAGUCAGGAAAAUAUUCCUUUGUCCUGCCAAAGCAUUUAUGUGUGCAUGUUUUGAGAUUUUCAUGUGUACCUAAUUCUUUGAGUCUUUGAAACUGUAGUUCUGCCAGUUACGAUGUUUAGAGGCUCCUGAAAAUUUAGCAUAGCCAUCAGCUUAAUUAAUAAUUAACUUAAAUGCAAUUUGAUGGUAAUUAUACUGAGCCAUUACCACUUUAUUCUACUUACAGACUGUUUGCAGAAUAUGCUGCAACACUGGUCCAUUAGGUCACACAGGUUCUUUUCUCACUGAAAAUUUAAAUAUAUAUUAUGUUCAGAACAAUAUGUUUUGACUUGACAAAUUCUUUUACUAUGUGUCCCAAAGUUAUCUGUUAGACAACUAUAAUGUGUGUCUAGGAAUGAAUGAAAUCUCUCAUUCCAUAUAUGCUGACAUCUCUCAGUCUAUUGUCUUUCAUUUUUGGGAAAACCAGUGUAUGUAUAUAAAAAUAUAUAUUUGUUAGCUAAAAUUCACUUUAAAAAAAUUAUUAAGUUAAUGUUUAUAUUUAAUAUACCCAAAUUCCUUCUACUAAUGGUAUUCUAUUCAAAACUUUACCAUUUUCAAAGGUAAUUUAGACAAACUAAGUCAUCAGAUUUAGUGCAUUCUCAAUGUCCUUUUUAUUCAUUAUAGUUUUUAUCUUCAAGUUGUUAGCAAUUUAAAAAUUAGAAAAAUUAAUUAUUUAGCUUCAAAAAGAUACCAACAACUUCAGGGAAUAAUGUGAUGCCUUGGAAACACCCAUUUCCAUAUUUCAACAUCCCACAUUUUGCUUCUCAGCUACUUAACUAAAUAUAUCUGAGAUUUAAGAACUACAGAGGAAGCUGCUUGCUUUUUUGUUUGGGAUUUUUGGUUGGUUGGUUUUGUUUUUUCCUGUGGAAUAAGUGGAGCAAAUGGAGCAGUGACAUAAGUUCUUUAUCUGGAAGAAGAAUGAAUGAUGACUUGAGAUCAGCCAGUAAAGUUGUUCAGAAAGCUUUGUUUCAGCUUUUGUUCUGUAUUUUAAUUAAAAUUUUCUGCAAUAUUUUCAUUAAA